AUGGCAUCGGCCAACUUCCGCGACUCGAUGAACUCGUUGGGCUGGAGCAGGAGGGACCCAGACAUUCCUGUCAACACGUCGUCCCAGUCGACGCCCAUUCUCAACAGGCUGCAGAGCCUCAAUCCCUUCAGUUCCGGUGGCUAUGUUAGGCUACCGACCGCGGGAGAAGGGCCUGGCGCGCCGCUGCCCGCGCCGACCAGGAGGGAGGAGGACGAAGGCUGGUUUGCGCUGAGCAGGUGGGAUCGCCUGCUAGUCUUUGGUGGCCUCAACCUUGCAGCGGCAGCAAUGUUUGCUACCUGCUUCGCCCUCAUGUUCACCCCCCUUUUCAUCGUAAAACCGCGGAAGUUUGCCAUCCUGUGGACAAUGGGCUCGCUCCUAUUCCUGGCCUCAUGGGCCGUCAUGAUGGGACCCUUACAAUACAUGCAACAUCUCAUUUCAGGCCCUAGACUGCCGUUCACAGCGGCAUACUUCGGCAGCAUUGCGCUCACUCUCUAUUUCUCGCUCGGCCUGCACUCAACCAUCCUCACCGUCGUCGCUGCCAUUGCUCAGCUGGUCGCCUUGCUCUGGUAUCUAGUCUCUUACUUCCCCAUGGGCUCGACGGGCCUGCGCUUCGCGGCGCGCUUUGGCGGGAAUAGGGUCGCGGCUUGGAUGAACGAUUAAACCUACUUAGUGCGGCGUUGGAGUGGGAUGGGGCUGAGCAGUAUUUCGACGCGUCAGUGAGGCCCAGAAGGUGGGAGUAGUGUGUGAGGCGAACUCGCACUCGACGCAGAGGCAGGCAGCUGAAACAAAACUGGAUGGACCAGAAACGGGCGCUUUGGAGGCGCCUCCGCGUGUUCAAACAUUAGGAAUGAAUGGGGCGUUGACGUCAUUGUAAUAUAGCAAACACCCUCACGAAGGGGGGGCAACAUAAUCGUUACGAGAGCGUGUUGCAGUUUGAUGCUGGACAUGUCGCAUUCACGGUGCUGCGCGUGCGAGUCUCAGUCGCACUCGCGAUAGUCGGGUGGAGUGAAGGAAAGUGACAGCUCUCAUUCUACAGCCUUU